UACAAGUGUGACUUUUGCGAGUUUUGCCAAUUAAUACAACAGAAAUCUGAAUUUAGUCUAAACUCAAAUAAAACUGUUUCUAAAAUCAAUUUACAUUACAAGACCAAAAUAAAUAAUGAAAAAUAGCCCAAAUUACAAGGACGAGAAUUGUACCUUCACUUCAAUCUUCUGACUGAGUGAAACGUGUUUGGUUCUUUCCCGCGCUUUGCCGUUGCUACUCCAAUGUCAAUGCGUCGUUUCAAAGGCCAGAUACUCCCAGCAGCUCGCCAAAACAACCCCAUCAUCCACCGUCCAUUUCAAUCAACCCCUGAUUACUACACAAAGCUGAUCGAAACCUACGCUCGUGGUCGAGAAUUGCACCCGGCGAGACUUCUCCACGCCCAUUUAAUCACCAUUGGCUCUGCUCGCUCGACCCAUUUGGCUUCCAAGCUCAUCGCUUUGUACGCUGCCUGCGGCCAAAUAGCCCAUGCUCGUAAAGUGUUCGACAAAAUUCCCCAAACGAACAUACGCCGCUGGUUUGCUCUCAUUGGAGCCUAUGCUCGUUGUGGGUUUUAUCAGCAGGCAAUCGAUGUGUUCUGGGAGAUGCAAAGAAAGGUCUCAAGGCCCAACAAGAUUGUUAUCCCCAGUGUUCUCAAAGCAUGUGGACACCUCUCUGAUCUUAAAACCGGUAAGAAAAUACACGCCGUGGUGCUCCGCUUCUCGUUUGAAUUUGAUGCUUUUGUUAGCAGUGCGCUCAUUGAUAUGUACUCAAAGAAUGGGCGGGUGGAGAAGGCACAACAAGUUUUCGAUAUGAUGGUGGAGAAAGAUUUGGUGGCUUUGAAUGCUAUGGUUUCGGGUUUUGCUCAACAUGGUUUGGCUAGAGAAGCAUUGCGUUUGGUGGAGAAAAUGCAGCUACUGGGAUUAAAGCCCAAUUUGAUAACUUGGAACAGUUUGGUUUCUGGGUUUUCGCAGAAGGGCGAUGAAGCAUUGGCGUAUCGAAUUUUUAACCUAAUGCUGGUUAACGGGAUUGAGCCUGAUAUCGUAUCUUGGACUUCGGUUAUAUCUGGGUUUGUGCAGAACUUUCAGAACAACAAAGCUUUUCAUACAUUCAAGCAAAUGUUGAGUCAUGGACUCUGUCCAACUUCGAAUACUAUUAGUAGCCUCUUGCCUGCUUGUGCAGCUGUGACGGAUGUGAAGCGUGGGAAGGAGAUUCAUGCCUACGCGUUGGCGAUAGGAGUUGAAGAAGAUGUAUAUGUGAGCAGUGCACUUGUUGACAUGUACGCAAAAUGCGGAUUUAUAUACGAAGCAAAGGCAUUGUUUUGCAAGAUGUCUCAAAAGAACACGGUGACAUGGAAUUCGAUGAUUUUUGGAUAUGCGAAUCAUGGGUAUUGUAAUGAAGCAAUUGAGCAUUUCAACCAGAUGAAGAUGGAAGACGAUAAGAAACUCGAUUACUUGACUUUCAUGGCAGUUCUCACAGCUUGUUGUCAUGCCGGAAUGAUCGAACUUGGAGAAAGCUUGUUCCAUUUGAUGCAGGAAAGGUAUGGGAUCGUGCCAAGACUAGAACAUUUUGCAUGCAUGGUUGAUCUUCUAGGUCGAGCAGGGAAACUCACCGAGGCUUAUGAUAUGAUUAAUGCAAUGCCUAUGGAGCCAGAUUUCUUUGUAUGGGGAGCGUUACUGGGAGCAUGUCGGAAUUAUGGAAAUAUAGAUCUUGCUGAAGUAGCGGCAAAGCAUUUGUCGGAGUUAGAACCGGAGAGUGCAGGUAACAAUUUGCUGUUGUCAAGUCUGUAUGCUGAUUCUGGCAGUUGGGGGAAUGUUACAAGGUUGAAGAAAAUGAUGAUGAAAAACAAGUUAAGGAAACUUCCAGGACGCAGUUGGAUGGAAGCUGCCUGAUAUUAUAGAAUGGCCUUUCAAGGAA